AUGUGUCCAGAAAACGUAGAUUUAUUUUCCGCAAUUAGUCUUUCUGCGAACAUUGUUGCUCGUAGGGUUGAACAUAUUGAAAUAAAUAUUAAAUCACAGCUAAAAGACAAAGCCAGCAAGUUUGUAUGCUUUUCUGUUGCACUUGAUGAGUCAAUUGAUGUAUCAGACACAUCCCAAUUGUUAUUGUUCAUCAGAGGAAUAAAUGCCAAUUUUGAGAUUACUGAGGAACUUGUAUCUGUGCACAGCAUGCAUGGAACAACAACAGGCAUAGAUAUUUUUAGAGAAGUGGAAAAGUCAGUGGCUGAGUAUAAUUUGGAAUGGAAAAAACUAAAAUGCAUAACAACAGAUGGUGGCAGAAAUAUGUGUGGAACCAAAAAGGGCUUAGUUGGGCAAAUUAACAAAGUAAUUGAGAAUUCCGGUGGAUUGAAACCUUUGGUAUUGCAUUGUAUUCUUCAUCAGCAAGCACUGUGUGGAAAGCAUCUUGAUUUAUCAUCUGUAUUAGAUCCUGUGAUUUCCACUGUUAACUACAUAAGAUCUCAUGGACUCAAACAUCGCCAAUUUCGUGAUUUCUUGGAGGAAAUGAAUGCUGAGUUUCCAGACCUACCUUACUAUACUUCAGUAAGAUGGCUUAGCUAUGGAAAAAUUCUGGCUAGAUUUUUUGAGCUUCGAACUGAAAUUGAAAUAUUUUUAAAUGAGAAAAACCAUUCACAGGUGUUGCUCAAAGACAGUGAAUGGCUCUGGAAAUUAGCAUUUUCAGCCGAUUUAACUAUGCAUCUCAAUGAUUUCAACCUACGGAUACAAGGUGAAACUUCACUCAUCUGUGAUUUGUACUCAAAGGUGAAAGCUUUUCGUAAGAAAUUAAUACUAUUUGAAAGUCAGUUAACAAGAAGCUGCUUUACUCAUUUUUCACGAUGUGACAAAUAUAGACAGGAAGCUGCACUCACUCCAUUUCCAAACUUGUUUGCUCAAGAUGUCAGUUAG